CUCUCGGCAACUCAGCUCCCGCCAGACAAUAGCCACCACCUCCGACGCCGCCUCCUCGUCCUCUUUCGCCUGAACCCUAGCCUCGCAUCGGCCACCGCCACCGCUCUUCGUCGGCAGCUGCUGUGCGGCUGAACGGCCGCGAUGGACAGGCACGGCUCGGUUCGGCUGCCCACCCCCGAGGAUGUCUUCACGGAUUUCCGCGCCCGCCGUGACGGCAUUCUCAAGGCACUCACCACCGAUGUGGAGGAGUUCUACAAGUUGUGCGACCCAGAGUAUGAGACCCUGUGCCUGUAUGGACUACCUAACGAAACCUGGAAAGUGAACGUUCGUCCUGCGAAAGUUCCUCAACAACUACCAGAGCCAGCAGAGGGAAUAAACAUUCCUCGCGAUUCAAUGCCAAAGGAAGAUUGGCUCUCGUUCGUAGCUGCACACAGUGAUGCAUGGUUGGUUGCUAUGGCAUUUCACUUUGGGGCUCUCUUCGGAUUUGAUAAAGACGCCAGGAGACGGCUCCACAUGAUGAUCAAUAAUCAUCCCACUGUAUCUGAAGUUGUGAUAGGGAGUGGGGAGAAGCAACCAAAAGCCUGCAACACAAAUUACGAAACCAAGUCAAGUUCUAUUAAGGAACCCAGUUCUAGCAGCAAGCUAGCAGAGGAGCCUUUGCCAAAGAAGGAGCGACAGAUCAUCAAAGAAGAUGGAGGCGGCGAGGAUGAAGCUUACCCAUGCGGCACAUGUGGAGGGAUGUACUCGGAAAAUGGAGUAUUCUGGAUUGGCUGUGACAUUUGCGACAAGUGGUACCAUGGUGACUGUGUUCGCAUCACACCUGCGGAGGCAACGCACAUCGAUCAGUACAGUUGCCCCGCUUGCAGCAACAAGAGGAGCAGAGAGUGAGUGAGCAUGGGUUGCCGGCGCCCCUGGUUGAUGUAGUUAGGGUAGUAAGCACUAAUACUGGGCUACGUUUGGCGCACUGAUCGUAGUCAUUGUUACUCUUGCUUAGUAUGAGUACUGAGUAGGCUCGCAGCAGUUGCUGCUCUUAUAGUGCACUAGUGGAUUAUUAAACGUCAAAACUCUCCCCGAGUGAUGUAGUCGUUUCCUGUUAAUGAACUGAUGACCCAUUUCAUGCG